AUGUACAAAAAGAGUGCUACGAGAAACAAAUUUCUGGCUGAAAGAGGACCACCAAUCAGUUGUUUGGCAGGUCGCAGUAUCGGAACGUUUUUUGCUGGAGUACUAGACGAACUUCACUGGUCGUAUAGAAUACCAGCAUUUGUAGUUGUCACCGUCUGUUUGCUCUCUACUGUCUUCGCAGUUUUCCGCUACGAGUUCAAACUUGUUUCUGGUUUAUUUCAAAUUACGCUUAGUUAUAGCAGAAAUGAUGGGAAUGAAAGGCCUUUGCAGCACUGUGCUGUUGAACAGAAUCAGUGGGAUAUCGAGAGGAAGCCCGCUGCGUUAGUGCGUGAUUUACUGCAAAAAAGUACCGAAUGA